CUAUUGGGUAACAGUGUAACACGUGCAGUGAGGGAGGGCGGGGUCACGUGAUACUGACGUCUCCUGCAUUCUAUUGGCAGCUGAGGGGGCGUGGCUAAACGGGGCAGUUAAUAUGGCAAUAGCUGACAGAUUAGUACAGAACAAGAAUGACGACGGCUGGAGCGGGAGCGUUGGGCUCGGUACUGUGUGUCCUGACUGGGGCCUCCCGGGGCUUCGGCCGGACUCUGGCCCAUGAGCUGUGCCCGCGGGUGCUGCCCGGCUCUACGCUGCUACUCGUGUCCCGCACGGAGGAGGCGCUGAAGCGGCUGGCGGAGGAGUUGGGACACGAGUUCCCCGGGGUGCGGGUGCGCUGGGCAGCGGCGGAUCUGAGUACGACUGAGGGAGUGAGCGCCACCGUGCGGGCAGCCCGGGAACUGCAGGCGGGGACAGCGCACAGGCUUCUCAUUAUCAACAACGCAGGAUCCAUUGGAGACGUCAGUAAGAUGUUUGUGGACUUCUCUGCCCCAGAAGAGGUGACCAAGUACAUGAAGUUCAACGUCUCCUCCCCUCUUUGCCUUACUGCAUCGCUGCUAAAGACUUUCCCUCGCCGGCCGGACCUGCAGCGGCUUGUGGUGAACGUCUCGUCUCUGGCGGCCCUCCAGCCAUAUAAAUCCUGGGUCCUGUACUGCUCAGGGAAGGCUGCGAGGGACAUGAUGUUCCGGGUAUUGGCAGAAGAGGAGGACGACGUGCGGGUUCUCAGCUACGCCCCAGUGAUGAGCGGAGACUGGGUAACAAGGUCCCCUGGACACAGACAUGCAUGAAGUGGCAUGCACCCAGACGGCCGACCCAGAGCUGCGCCGCGCCAUAAUGGACCGCAAGGAAAAGGGCAACAUGGUCGAUAUCCGGGUUUCUGCUAAUAAGAUGUUAGAUCUGCUGGAGGCCGACGCCUACAAGUCUGGCGACCAUAUUGAUUUCUACGAUUAGCGACAAUACGACCUGUUCCAACUGGACUUCUCACUGCCACAUACAGCACUAAAUGCCAUCUCUCUCCUCUGUGUAACACUAUGUGUGUGUGUAACUGUGUGUGUGUUUAUAACACUAUGUGUGUAACACUAGUUAUGGUUGUUUAACUCAUUAUGUCUCUGCUCAGUGUCAGCCAGGGAUAUAAUUAUAAUGAGUUAAUUACAGGCCGGUAUUAACAUAAGGAAACCAGUGAAGGCAGAACAUGAACUUUAAUAAACUGGAGAUUUUAUUUCCUUAUAA